UGCGGAUGGAUGAUGAUGAGCGACGAUUCCCACCGCAGCACCAGGAGUCGCAACCGGGAAAAGAAUACCUCAUGAACCCUCUCCCACAAUUCAGCAACCCUAAUUACAAGCCCUCUGGCAAACUCCAUGGAAAGGUGGCAUUGGUGACAGGAGGAGAUUCGGGUAUUGGAAGGUCUGUUUGCUACCACUUUGCAAUGGAGGGUGCAACUGUAGCCUUCACUUAUGUCAAGGGUGUCGAGGACAUAGACGCAAAUGAUACUUUGAGGAUCAUAAAUGAGUCAAAAGUUAAAGGCUUGGGUGAUCCGAUUGCGAUACCUACCGACCUUAGGUAUAGCGCGAAUUGUAAAGAUGUCGUAGAUGAGGUCAUUGCAAAAUACGGGCGCAUUGAUGUCCUCGUCAACAAUCCAGCUGUGCAGUACUAUGUGUAUUCGUAUUCGUUAGAAGAGGUCACAGAGGAGAGAAUUGAAAGGAUAUUUAGGACCAACAUUUUCUCCUAUUUUUUCAUGACAAGGCACGCCUUGGAGCACAUGAAAGAAGGAAGCGCGAUCAUAAACACCACAUCAGUGUUGGCGUACACAGCUAUCCUACCGAGUUGGCUCGAAUACAUUUCAACAAAGGGAGCUAUAGUGUCCUUCACAAGGGCUCUAGCAUUGCAUCUAGUUGAAAAGAAAAUUCGUGUCAAUGGUGUGGCUCCUGGUCCUAUAUGGACACCACUGCAAGCUGCAGCACUUAAUGACGAAGAUAUAGCGAUAUUUGGGUCACAGGUACCCAUGGAUAGGGCAGGUCAACCUUAUGAGGUAGCUCCGUCAUAUGUAUUCCUUGCAUCCGGGCAGGACUCUUCCUACUUUACUGGCCAGGUUCUUCAUCCUAAUGGCGGGGUAAUCGUAAAUGAUAUCUAUGUUCUGACAAAUAUCGCCGCUAAUAGUCCCAAAUGUCGCCGCUAA